CUCUCCUCGCGCGGCUGCCACUGCCAGUUGUGCUACUGCUAAACGACGGACCUGGGUAUCAAGUGCAAAUAUGUCUGGGCCUCGAAGAAUGCAGACUUGUGAUGCUCUUUUUCAGUUACGCAAAAAACCUUCGUUCACCCCUGUCGUCCUCCGUAGCUUGUUCAUCUCGUGCAAGCACCCCUAUAAAAAGAUAUCUGACUUCAGUUCAACUACAUCGGUUGUAAAAACGUCCCCACCCCAGAGUCGAG